CGAACUAAGUUUAGUAGGAGCGCAUGUGACUGAAAGUCUUCCGCGUCUUGCUUUACAAUUUAAUGCAGUUUCGCGUCCAUGCAUCCUUAAACGUUGGCGGUAAUGUCCACAUCAACUGGCGAGAAACAAGAAUGCGAUACAAAGACCUCGUGUGGUGGGAUUAUUAUGGAUUCGUUGCCUUUCAAGCGGUAUGAAACACAAGAUGACCAGUUGUUUGCUCAGCCUAGGCCUGUAGCAAGCAGCUUAUCCAGACUGGCUGAACUGAUCAGUCACUUUCAGUACAAACCCAAACAGCAACAGCCUUCCUCCUCCAUCUGCAAAGACUGCGGCCAGACGUUCCCUAACCUGGACAGUCUGGUGGCUCACCAGGAAAGCGAGCACUCCCUGCAAAAGCUCCACUGCUGUCAGCGAUGUGGCCAAAAGUUUGCUUUGCUCUCCAGUUUACAGCUACACAACUGCCCUGAUUCGUCUUCCACAUGCCAGGCGUGCAGGGGCGAACCUCAAUGGGGAUGUCCUUGCCCUGCCUGCGGCGCUGAACCUCUAAGUGCCUUUUUCUCCAAAGAGCCUAUUUUUGAUAAUGACAACAGCCCUUAUGUGUGUGCCCCGUGUGGACUAGCCUUCAGCCUCAAGCAGGAGUUGCUGUACCACCAGCAGGCUGGAGAAUGUCAGCCCGCUCCCCUCAACCCAUCCUCUCCAGCGGCUAGACCGACCGCCUCCUACACCUCCUCGCCUCCGUCUCCCACCUGUACCAGGGUUUCUCCUUCCUCAUGCACUUUGUGUCCCCGAACGUUCCGCUCGGCUGCGGGACUCGCCAGCCACACGCGGAAUUUUCACAAGACGACGUUUCAGUGCCGUUCCUGUGACAAGGUUUUCCCCCUGACGUCCUUGCUUUACCGGCAUAGGGAGGAGGAACAUCGACGCGAGAAAAUUAUCGCGAAACCGCAGAGAAACUCCAGGCGAGAAACCACCAGGCGAAGGCAGAGGGGCGAGACGUAUCCCUGCCUUCACUGCGGAAAAGUCUUCCUGCACCAUUUGACACGCAGGGCGCAUUUCAAGCACUACAGUGCUCACCACGAGGCCCACCUCGCCCUCAGCAGCAAAACCCCCAAACCUGGGUUGAAGCCGAAGGCAGUUAAUGGGUCCAAGUUACUCAAGGAGGUUAAACGAAAGAGAGGCAGGCCCAGGAAAAUUGAGCCGGCUUUGACGGAAGAAGAGGUCGAAACAGGAGAUCGGUCCCAAGCUGUGCUGAAAGCCCAUGAGAAGGUUCCUCAACCAGCAGACACGUGUAGGUGCUGUAGUGUGUGUACAGAUGGGAUAACGCUCUCUGAGAUACCAGAAGUUUGUGAUAAGAAUGUCUAUCACUGUGUGCCCUGUGCGGAGGCUUUCAUGGCCCUAGAGACCUUCUUAGAGCACUGCCAGAAGCAUCUGAUUCGUGAACGUGAGGAAGAUGAAGAUCUCCUCAGCGAUUGAUAAAAGGUCCAUCUACUGCACAUUAUACUUUGAUAUACUGUGAUGUCCUUCCUUAUGUGGCCGGACCUACAGAUUUGUCCUGGGCUUCCUGAAUAACAGCUCUGUCAAUACAUGUCAUAUGCAAAAACACUUCACCCAAGUGCCAGAGAAAUCGAUGAUUUCUACAAAAAUAGUCCAUAAUAGCCAGUUGAUUUUUUUCUGAUACGGGUACCUGGUUAUGCCACUUUUACUUGCCACGUGAUCAGGAUUAAUGUUUAUCAUAAUAAUGUUGUCUAUUGUAUUACUGUGAAGACAUUUUCUUUCAGACACAUUCUUUUGUCAAACAAUGUCAGUUUUUUUACUAAAACCUGAAACCAGGAAAAUGAUUUAUUGCAAGUUGGAUUGCAUAUCUCUGGUUCUGUACAUGGCUACUGAUAUAUUGUUUAUUAAACUACGCUUGUUUCAAUAAUUUGUGUAAUUUCUCAUUGUCAGAUGAUUCCAUGCGGUGUUUGCAUUCCAUUCGUCAUGUUAUGCAUACACUCGUAACACAUUCUGUGAUUUAAGUGUAAACAAUUUAUGCACGUGUUUUCUACAUAAAUAUAUAUUUCAGCCUGCAAGACCAAAUAUUACAGAUAUUAUUCCGAUUUAGCGUCUUUUGUGGUUUUGAUAUUUUUGUGAUUUUAUCAUUUAGAAAAUUAGAUUUAACCUCUGAUAUCCUGAUAUGACUUGUUUGAAAUAUAAAUGACUCCGUAUACUGCUGAAAUAUUGGAAUGUGUGCUGUUAAAAGAAUCUGUCACAAAGGACAAAUACGUAAUAAUUUCUGCUACGAUUGUAUAUUUUUUAUUUGCUCAACCAAAUAACUUGUCACUAAGUUUGUAUGUAACGCUUCUGCUGUACUAACAUUUAACCAGCAGCAAAUAGACUUCAGGAUCCAACGUUUGUCAAAAUAUGUAAUUGCACUAAUCUUUUUUGGAGUAAACAUUGGGCUGGAUUCACAUAACUGUUCUUGAGACAAAAUGUAAGAUUGUUCUUAAAAUAAAUCAUAGGCAGCUUGUAAGAAUUUUCCUUAUUAAGAAGUUCUCAAAUACUUUCUUUAGAACAUCUUCAUUUUUUGCACAAGAAUGAAUUGACAUAGAAUAUGCUUUGUAAGUCAAUCUUGAGUCAAAGUCUUAAAAUUAAGAACUGCCAUUUUUUCGGGAAUACAAAACAUUCCUAACUUUUUUAUCAAAUUACAGUUUAAGAAAAAAUGUGUAAUAAGAAUUUUCUUCUUAAGAAACUUGUGUGAAUUGCCCCGUUGUCUUUUAACACUGUACUUCAUGGCUUAUAUUAUGUGUUUGCCUGCAGCUACCUCCUGUGUGUUAUUUCUUGUCAUA